AGCACUUUGGACAAUUGCAUUCGAUGGAGGCACAGGAAAUGGGUGUUCCUGGUGUUGGCAGUGAUCGAAAUGAUUUGUUUCGGAGGAUUCCAUUAUGGAUAUAAUGCUCUCAAGGAGGACUACAAAAACAUGAGCGUGUUUGCUGAACAUUGUACCGAAAACGAUUGCACCAAGCAAGAUUUGAUGUUCGACUACGCAUUUAAUGCAUGGGUAAACACGCAAGCAGUACUUAUCAGUGGUGCCGGAUUAAUCAUGGACAAAGUUGGCCUACGAUUCCUGAAGCUUCUGGCAGUUGCUAUCUACUUUAUUGGAACCUUGAUGUUUGCAUUUACAAACGGAGCCACGUCGGCUCUGCUUUUUCCUGCAGGAAUGUUUAUGGGACUUGGAAGUGUAUCUUCCUUGAUCUGCAAUCAUCAAAUCAGUGCCAUGUUUCCCUCAGUCCAAGGUCUCGUUAUUGCUUUGUUUUCUGGAGCGUUUGACUCCAGCACUGUAGUAACAUUUGUGAUAUCCAAAAUCGCUCCCGAAAUAUCGCUAAAAACCUCCUUCAUUGCUGUUGCAGUUGGAGCAUUAGUAUUGGGCACUUUCAUGGGUCUGUUUGUUAUGACGCAAUGGGUCUCAGAUAUGGGGAGGAAAUCAAGCAGCUCUCACGAGGAAAAAAACGUGGAGGACGUUAUCGGUGACUUUCCGAUGAAAGACGUUACGGGAACUGCUGCUUUGGAUGUGGAUGCAAAGCUUCAGGAAAUCAUCAACAAGCGUUUUCCGAGCAUCAAAAGUGAAUCUGCAAAUGUAUUCUUUGAUAAACUUGAGAUGUGGAAAGAAAUCAAAGAAAUUAUCGAUGAAAAUAUCAAUCCGCGAUUGGAUAUUAUGUUCCAGUCUGUGAAAGGAUUUUCUUCUAGUCUGUUUAUCCUCUAUCUUGUAAAGACACGUUUUUAG